AAUAUUUAAAUAAAAACAAAUAAAAUUACCUAACUAUCCUCACCCACCCAAUCCCUCUUCUUCCCCUUCUUUCUUUCUCUUUCUUUCUUUCCUGCCUUGGGUUUCCACUUCCGAUGGCUGCGACGAACCCAGCCUACUGGGUCUCAUUGAAACGCAACAAGGGAGACCCAGCCAGGCUGGGUUUGACGAGACCCAGAUCUGCUGGGUUCCGUCGAACCCAGCAAGGUUGGGUCUCGUCAAACCCAACCUGGCUAGGUCUCCCUUGCUGGGUUCUAACGAGACCCAGCCUAGCUGGGUUUCCCCGAACCCAGCAAGGCUGGGUUCCGACGAACCCUGCUGGAUCUCGUCAAACCUAGCCUUGCUGGGUUUCCCCGAACCCAGCUGCUGUGUUCGACAAGACCCAGCUGGGUUCCGAUGAAGCCAGUUUUGCUGUUUUGACGAUGGAUUCAUGUUUUUUCAUUCUUCUUUCGAUUUUCAUUUCCAAUUGUUAAUAAAUUUGAGAGUUGAUU